UACAGCAGCUGCUUGUGCAUUGACCACUGCCAUAUUUCGAUGUAGUACUAGUCUGAGAAGACUAAACUACUAUAUAUGGCUAGUUACAUUGUCAAGACCUUAAUUUAAAAUCUACUAAUGUAACGGCAAGCAUCAUAACCUUGAUGUCGGCGGGAAAGGAUUUUGUGGGUUCUGUUCAUCUGCUAAUUCAAACGAUAGGCUAAUUUAGCAACAGUAAAAUGUAGCUGGGCGUUAUUUUGGUUAUAGCUGAUUUUGUCAUUCGUUCGCAAGUUGGUCAAUGAGAUAUUUCUGGGCUCAAAGUGGAUUUUAUAAGAUUUUAUUUCAGUAAAGGAUGUCUAAUCGCCUGCGAAACACCGAGGUCUGUGCAGACUGCAGUGUGCCAGACCCACACUGGGCCUCUGUGAAUAGGGGCGUUUUGAUAUGUGAUGAGUGCUGCAGCGUGCAUCGAAGCCUAGGAAGACACAGCUCCCAAGUCCGCCAUUUAACACACACACCAUGGCCUUCUGCUCAGCUACAGAUGGUGCAGACUCUAUACAGCAAUGGUGCAAAUUCUAUUUGGGAGCACUCACUUUUAGACCCAACAUCUGUGAUGAGUGGAAAACGCAAGGCCAAUCCUCAGGACAAGCUGCACCCAAACAAAUCUGAAUUUAUAAAAGCUAAAUACCAAAUGCUGGCUUUUGUCCAUCGUAUGCCAUGUCGAGAGGAUGACAGCAACACAGCAAAAGAUUUAAGUAAACAACUUCACUCAAGUGUGCGAACAGGAAACCUUGAGACAUGCUUGAGAUUACUAACAUUGGGAGCUCAAGCUAAUUUCUUUCAUCCGGAAAAAGGAAGCACACCUCUGCAUGUGGCUGCAAAGGCUGGACAAGUAUUACAAGCUGAACUACUGACAGUUUAUGGGGCAGAUCCAGGGGCACCUGAUAGUAAUGGCAAGACUCCAAUUGACUAUGCAAGAGAAGCUGGCUAUAAUGACUUGGCAGACAGACUGGUUGAGAUCCAGUUUGAACUUACAGAUCGACUGGCAUUUUACCUUUGUGGGAGAAAACCAGAUCACAGGAAUGGACAGCAUUUCAUCAUACCCCAUUUAGCUGACAGCAGUUUGGAUUUAUCAGAACUGGCCAAAUCUGCAAAGAAAAAGCUACAGUCUCUCAGUAAUCAUUUAUUUGAGGAGCUUGCGAUGGAUGUGUAUGACGAGGUUGACCGGAGAGAGACAGAUGCAGUGUGGCUGGCUACACAGAAUCAUAGCACCCUUGUGUCUGAGACAACUGUGGUGCCUUUUCUUCCAGUCAAUCCCGAAUAUUCCUCCACUAGAAAUCAGGGACGUCAGAAGCUUGCAAGAUUUAAUGCACAUGAAUUUGCAACUCUUGUCAUUGAUAUAUUAAGUGAUGCUAAACGUAGACAGCAAGGAAAUUCAGGAGUCAGUCCCCAAGAUCAUUUAGAUCUCAUUUUCAAAAAUCUAUCUGUAAAGAACUUUGGUGAUAGUCCAGAUAAUGAUCAACCUGACUAUGACAGUGUGGCUUCUGAUGAAGACACUGAUCAAGAUAUGCUCGCCAGUAAAGAAGACAGAACAAAGAGCCUGGAUUCAGACCUCUCAGAUGGCCCAAUUACUAUGCAAGAAUAUAUGGAUGUGAAAAAUGCUCUCACUGCUUCUGAGGCAAAGAUUCAGCAGCUAAUGAAAGCCAACAGUAACCUGAGUGACGAGUUGAGAUUGAUGCAGAAAAAGCUUCAAUCUCUGCAAACUGAGAACUCCUCUCUAAGGCGGCAGGCCAGUCCCAGUCAGUAUCAGAGUCCCAGCAGCUCAGAGCACCCUGACCCCUCCAGCCCCUCCGCCCACAAGCGGAGGCAGUCUUCACGAGCCAGCCGGCCCAUGUCUAUGUAUGAGACUGGCUCAGGCCUGAAGCCCUAUGUCCCUAAAGGGGAAAUGCCCUAUCCCGAGGAGCCCCUCCUUACCUUGCAACCCUUUACACCUUAUACGGAAAGGGGUGCUUUUGGUGUUACCUCCUCAUCUCUGCCCUCAUUUCCAUCCACCUUGUCUUGGUUUAAAGAAGACAGUGUUGUGAAGGCUUCAAAGUUGGAUAAGCAGAUGAGCAUGCCUGAAAGUGAUUAUGAUAAUGCAUUUAAUGACUCAGAGAUGGAUGACCUGAGCCUUUGCAGGAGAGGAAGGUUACGCAGCAGUGGCUGGCCGGCAGAGGGCAACUCGAUCCCAGAGUUUGAUGAUGUAGAGAUGGAAACAGACCCCACACUUCCCAGCACUGAAGAUGUCAUCCGCAAAACGGAGCAGAUAACCAAGAACAUCCAGGAGCUGCUGCGAGCGGCCCAAGAUGGCAAACAUGAGAGGGCUGUUGAGCGUGAGGGCACGCGUCGCCUUAGGCAUAGUUUGGGAUGUUUCAGCAGUUUGGUUCCUUGGGCUGAAAAGCCCACCUCCUCUCUACAGCUACUCAGCCUUCGCUCCCCUGACCCCACCUCCUGUUUCAUCCCCUGCUCAGAAAGAAUUUAUGUGGCUGUAACAGAAAUGGCUGCCCUUUUCCCAAAGAAACCUAGUUCGGAGACCGUGAGAGGCUCUUUGCGCUUGUUGACGUCCAGCGCCUGUCGACUCCAGGCUGAAUGUAAGAAGGUGGUGCCUUCAGACGGAGGCCAAGCUCCGGAUAUGCAGCUGGUCACACAGCAGGUCAUACAGUGUGCUUAUGACAUAGCCAAAGCAGCCAAGCAGCUAGUGACCGUUACCACAAAGGAGAACACCAACUAACAGCACUUCUUAUUUUUGUAGUGUUUAGUUUAUUUUUGAAAAUUGUAUUUGUGAUAUAUGCAUGUUUUUAUUUAUUUUGAGUAAAAGCUUACAAAUGUAUAUUAGAUAUGUCAAUAAUUAAUAUGUGCUCAAGAGAAAAAAAUAGUAUAUAUUGCACAUCUACAGUCCUGUAAUUUAGACAAUAUACUGGAGAUAGCUAGCAGGCCUAGGAAAUAUGAAUUAUGUAAAUUGUGUCAACACCUGAUAAUGUAUCAUAAAUUUGUCUUUUGUGGUUUAAUACUACAUGUAUCCAUAUGCAUAUGGAUCAUCCCAAAGCAUCAAUGAAUACUUAAAGCCAUAAAUGAGUGAACAUUACUGCGACAAAAUAGUAAGUUAACACUCAUGUAUUUAAGAGCUUCCCUUUAUUUAUUGCACUGUGCAAGCUUCAACUACUGUAUAUUUACCCAUCUAAACAGAAUGGGCCAAGUCUCAUUGUUGUGAUUUUAUGUACCUGUAGUUCUUUGCUUCAGUGUUGGAUGAAAAAACGCAAGGCUGGUCCCCCACAUACUUUAAUUUUGUUUAUAGUUCAUGUAUUGAGUGUUUCUUGUAUUGUGUGUUUGUUCUUCAGUACAAGUUCAAUCAACAGUGAACCGUAAAAUGUUUAUAUUGAUGUGUUUUCAUGAAACUCUGGACUAUAUUAAUCUGUGCCAGUGCUGGGGCUAACAUACAAAACAAAAGCUACUAACUAUGUGUGUUCAGUAUUGUGUUUUUUUAUGUGCAACAAAUGGGUUAAUACAAGUGUUAAAGGUUAUACCACAUGUUCUCUGACAUUUCAAAUUAAUGCCCUUCCCUAUGCUACAAAUGUGUAGCAAUGUAUGGGAGGCAGCUGUGAAAUAUUUUCUUAAUAAACUUGAUUUAAUCAUA